AUGUUGUCUCUGCUUCGCUUGCUGUUGGUGUGGAUCAUUCUCGGCCAGGUCUUGGCUCUGGAUGAGCGGGAGUACGAUCCCCAGGUGGCCCCGCUUACCACCACUGGUAAUAGAUGGUGGCGCAGCUUUGCCAAUCAAGUGCGCCUCGCCUUCAGCCGCUGGCAGCCCAAGCCGAAAACGAAGACCAAACCGCUGGCAGAGCCCUUGACCAGUCCCACAGUUAAGACCAGAACUAGGAGCACCACUUCUCAGCCUGAUCAACAGUUCUAUGGAGCACUGAAUCCUGUUUACCAAAUGGGCAACUUUUAA